UUAUCAUUUUUGGAUGAACUAUCCCUUUAAUGUUGGACUGUGUUAUCACAGGAUGUUCAGGACUCCACACAUGAAGACUUGUGUAAACCAGCUGAGGUUUCAGAGACUGCAGUUGAUGCUCAGAGACGCUCGUGUCCAACAUGAACACGUCUGCAGCCGCUCUUCACAUGUCCUGCGGGAAAAACACACCCGCUGCUCCGUUUCUAGAGGAUUCUCUGUCGUUCUGGACUCUUCUGAACAUGUGUGUCCACGGGCCACAAGACGGAUAUGCAUCAGCACUCAUUUUCUGUUACCCCACAUGGAUUUUAGCAGGAUUAACUGGGUACACACACCACAGACUCUUGUCCUGUGUUCACACGCCUCUCUGAAUGGAUCUCCAUCCCAGUGCUCCACUAACUGGAGCAAGUGCCUUCUGACCUACAGCAAACUGGAGAAAUGCCAACAUUCUCCCGAAAGCCAUAUUAAAAGACAAGCAUGCAGCACACACAGCACAGGCAGCUCCCGGUGGUUGGCCGACAUUGGCUCAGGCCUGUGGAGGAGGCGUUGUAAACCUGCGGGCCGCUCUGCAGUGCGGACGGGUCAGACCCGCGGGCUGCACAGAGACGGCCAGCAGCGCAGUGUUACGGGCCGGUGUCUGUCCGCGGGGAACGAGGCUCGUGGUGUUACGGGCCGGUGUCUGUCCGCGGGGAACGAGGCUCGUGGUGUUACGGGCCGGUGUCUGUCCGCGGGGAACGAGGCUCGUGGUGUUACGGCCCGGUGUCUGUCCGCGGGGAACGAGGCUCGUGGUGUUACGGGCCGGUGUCUGUCCGCGGGGAACGAGGCUCGUGGUGUUACGGGCCGGUGUCUGUCCGCGGGGAACGAGGCUCGUGGUGUUACGGGCCGGUGUCUGUCCGUGGGGAACGAGGCUCGUGGUGUUACGGGCCGGUGUCUGUCCGCGGGGAACGAGGCUCGUGGUGUUACGGGCCGGUGUCUGUCCGCGGGGAACGAGGCUCGUGGUGUUACGGGCCGGUGUCUGUCCGCGGGGAACGAGGCUCGCUGCCGACGCUCUCUGCAGGCCAGCGCUGCUCUGUACGAGCAGGAGGGGAAGAGCUGGGCGGCAGUGCUGGUGUGUCUCUGUGCUGUGAGCGGGGAUCCCGCACUGCUGUUCACCCUCAGAUCGGCCCAGCUGAAGGGGCGGCACAAAGGGGAUGUCAGUUUUGCAGGGGGGAAGAAAGACCCGUCAGACAGAUCUGUGGUAGAGACGGCUCUCAGAGAAGCUGGUGAGGAGCUGGGAAUCCACAUCACAGAAGAUAAAGUGUGGGGUGUGAUGAAACCGCUGCGGGAUAUGUCUGGAAUGAUGAUUGCGCCUGUAAUCGCCAAUCUUGGACCAUUGGAGAGACUCUCUUUUCGACCUAAUCCAAGUGAGGUGGAAGAGAUUUUUACCCUGACACUUGAGCAUUUAUGUCAAGCCCAAAACAGAGGAUACACACACUUCCGUACUGGUGACCGUUAUGGGUACACACUCCCUGUGUUUCACAGUCCGAAGUAUCGAAUCUGGGGUCUGACGGCAGUGGCCUUAGAUCAAGCACUCAAGCUUAUUGUGCCGCCAGAGCAUCUGUUGGACCACACCACCUUCACCACAGAGGCUGCCUGCUAAACAUCAUCAACUUACAGAUCUGCUUUUAGGAAGAAUCUCACGGAAAACUCUCAAG